AUGCCUCAACCGAACAAGCAAUCAAUACUCACACCCAUUUCACCUCCACAUCACCAUAAAAUUCCACGGAAUCUGAACGAAAUCGUUCAAUUAUGUUCUGUGAGAUGUCUACGUGAUGAAAGUUUAGGUAGACAAUUGGAUGAAAUUACAGCAAACGAAUCAGGUUCCUUGGAUGAUUUCAAAUGUUUAUUCGAUGAUCAUUUAUCUAAAACCGAUGAUUUUGAUGCAACGACCCGUGAAUAUGAAUACGGUUCAAAGUUGAAUACGAUUGUUCGACAACUUGGUAUUGCAGAAAACUUCGAAUGGCUCAUCAAUAAGAUAUUCCAUUCAAAAGAAGCAAUGAUAAAUUUAGUGGUCAAUUCUUACCGACAUCAAAAUGGAUUUGAUAAGUUUGUUCUGAUGGAAAGUCCAAAUGGUUGGAAAUUACGGCUACAUAUCUGGUGGUCAGAUAGUUUCAUAUCGUUUCAAGAAAGUAUUCACGAUCAUAGUUGGAUGUUUGCUUCGAACGUUUUAGCUGGCCGAAUUUAUUCCGACAUAUUCCAAGAAGUUGAACCAGAAGCCGAUCAGGCAGAAAGAUUCAGAGAACAUCAGUAUACGUCAGUAUCACGAUCACGGGAAAAUCACUCAAAUCAGUUUCAAAUUAAUUAUGUCAAAGACACCUGGCUAAGAGCAACUGAAUCAAGUGUAAUGAUCAACGCAGGUCAAAGCUAUGUGUUUCCACAAACGAUGUUGCAUCGUAUUUUACAACCAACGUUCGAUGAAAUUCAUCAAAAUUCGAACUGCGGCGCUGUCACCUUGGUACUAACUGCUCCUCGAUCUCGAUAUACAAGUCGCUUGAUAAAUACUUGUAAUACUGAUUACGAAGAAGAACAAACUGUUAUCAGAAUGACAGAAUUCGAAAUUCGACGAAAACUGCAAUAUGUGUGCCAGUACCUCAAAGACAGAUCAGACAUUCCUUUAAAAUCUCCAAUGUAA